ACAGAGUGAGAGAGAGAGGAAGGGAGGGAGGAAGGAGAGGGAGAGAGAGGGAGGAGGGAGUGUAGAGGACUGAAGCUGCAGGAACGUUCAGAUGAGUGUGGGAGUAGUUGAUAAAGAGAAUUCUGUCAGGCAGCAGCUCUCUCUCUUUCUCUCUCUCUUUCUUUCUUUCUCUCCCUCACGCUCUUUCACACACACACACACACACACACACACACACACACGCGCGGACGCACGCACGCACACGUGCGCACGCAGGGCGCGAGAGGGAGAGAGAAGAGGAUCAACAGCUGUCAGACCCCCCCGCGCCGCGUGCGGUAAUGGUGACCCCUGCGCAGGCGGGGGGCUGAGGGGGGGCCGGGAGCGCACCCGAGGAGGAGGGGGAGGGGGGUAGGGGUAGGUGGGGGUGGGGGGGGGGGGGGUUCCCCGGGUCUCGGAGACCGCCGGCAUGGCCAGCUCUUUCGACAGCCACUUCGCCCGCAACGUGAUGUGGCAGUGCCAGCUCUCACAGCCGGACUGCCGCUGCUACCGCGUGGACGGCUACUCCCUGCUGAAGCGCCUCCCGCUGCACCCCCUCAUCGGGCCCCGCUGCCCCGUCCAGUCCGUGGGCCAGUGGCUGGACAACAUCGGCCUGGUCCAGUACGAGAACCACCUGCUGGCCAACGGCUUCGACAACGUGCAGUUCAUGGGCAGUAAUGUGGUGGAGGACCAGGACCUGCUAGAAAUCGGGAUUCUCAACUCGGCCCACAGACAGCGGCUCCUUCAGGCCAUCCGCCUCCUACCUAGGGUGCGGCCGAUUGGUUAUGAUGGGAACAACCCCACAUCUGUGGCAGAGUGGCUGGAGUCUCUGGAGCUGGGAGACUACACCAAAUCCUUCCUCAUCAACGGAUUCACCUCCAUGGAGCUGGUCAGGAAGAUCUGGGAGAUAGAGCUCAUCAAUAUGCUGAAGAUCAAUUAUAUUGGACACAGGAAGCGGAUUCUAGCCUCCCUGGGAGACCGACUGCACGAGGACUUGCCCCAGAAACCCGGCCGGGCCAUCUCCUUACGGGAGCCGAUUGGGAACCACACACCCCCCCAGCUGUCCCCCUCCCUGGGUCAGAACCUGUACACCUCCAGCUCGCUGGACGUGCAGCACCUGAUGAUGCAGGCCGAAGCCCGCCGUCGCCGUAACGAUGCCUACUUCGAGGACGUCCCACGCUCCAAGCUGGAGAGGCAGAUGGCCCAGGUCAGCAUGGCAGGCGAGUGGUGUGAGCCAAUCACGUUGAGGCCUCCCAACGAGGCGACGUCGUCCACGCCUGUGCAGUACUGGCAGCACCAUCCAGAGAAGCUCAUCUUCCAGUCAUGUGACUAUGAGGCUUAUUACCUGGGGUCCAUGCUGGUGAAGGAGCUGAGAGGGACGGAGUCCACCCAUGAUGCCUGCGCAAAGAUGAGGAAGUCCACGGACCAGAUAAAGAACAUUCCGACCAUCAUCCUGUCCGUCUCCUACAAAGGGGUCAAAUUUAUCGACGCCACUAACAAGAACAUCAUCGCAGAACACGAGAUCCGGAACAUCUCAUGUGCUGCCCAGGACCCUGAUGAUCUCUCCACCUUCGCCUACAUCACCAAAGACCUCAAAUCCAGCCACCACUACUGUCAUGUCUUCACUGCCUUUGAUGUGAACCUGGCCUAUGAGAUCAUCCUGACGCUGGGGCAGGCGUUUGAAGUGGCGUAUCAGCUGGCCCUCCAGGCAAGGAAGAGUGGACACGGGUCAUCCACUCUGCCAGAGAGCUUUGACAGCAAACCUGGGAAACCCAUGGUCAAGCCUCGGGGCAACAUCCGAAAGUCUAUGGAACAGCCCUCUAUGGACCAAAAGGGUCACGCCAACGUGCCGUGGAUUUUGGAGCCUGGACAGGAGGCCAAAAGGGGCGUCAACACCAAAUAUGAGACCACUAUUUUCUAGUAUGUGCACACUGUCCACUCCCGAGUGGGCGCACAGUCUAGAGCGCCCUCUAGAGGCUCCUCCCGGCAGAGUCACAGGCCGGGCGACCGUGUGACCCCCCCGCCGCCCAUCGCAGACCGUGGCCACCGCAUGACAGCGCCUCUCUCUCUCUCUCUCUCUCUUCCUCUGGAGGGCCCCGCAGAUGCACAGACACCACCCCCAAGGGUCCGCUUCUCUGUCCUGCCCUGUAGGGGGGGCACUGGUGGACACAGUGCCAGUCACUUUUUGUCUCUGGACAGGCGCCCCCCCCCCCCCCCCCCCCGCACCCCCUCCCCUCCCCCACACAUACUUACUCUCCACCCAGAGCCUCUUUCGGGCAGAUUGUCAAACCUCUCGUUCAGUAACCUUCUGGCAUGGAGUGGGGCGCCAUCUUUUGGUGAGACCGAGGAACAACAAGAGAGGCUUUUUUUUUUUUUUUUGAUGAGUUCAGCUUCGAUGUGUAGGCACGGACCGCUAGGAAGAACGUCUCGCUUUUUCACACGAUGUAGCAAACUGUACUUUUUAAAAGUUGAAGCCACAUGCCUUGCAAGCUUUCAUUCUGUCAGGCUUCCCUUUUGGUUUUUGAGCCAUUCCUUUUAAGUUUGUUUUAAUGCAAUCCUGCCGACAUUUCCUGUGGCCUGCGUGUGUUGUCCGCUUGAAGCAAACAGAUUCAGCUGGAUUGUCGCUAAUGGAGACCGUGUGUCAGAACACAAGAGGGAGCCGUCGAGGGAUACCGAGUUACCCAGUAAAGUCGGAGGGGGGGUGUUGUGUUGCUGCUUUUAUGCCGUCUUGCUUUGGUUCUCCUGGUGCAGCAUGGGGAGUGUAGUUCUGGACAUGGGCAGAGGGGACUCCAAGCUGAGAGACUGCAUUUCCCUGGGAAACCUGGCACCGGUGUUGUAGUCUCAUUCACAAGGCAGUGUGCGACACUCACGUCUCUCACUGUGGAAUUCAAGGAAUGUAGCCAGCCUGUAAACCUGGACCAACCAAACACAGCGUGCACAACUCACACAAACCCUGUCGAAGGACUGUGGACCUGCAGCCAUCCCUUUUAACUGAAUGUAAACUUUGUACAAUGUAUGUCGUAAUGUUCGCAGCCCCUCCCCAGGGACCCCAAGGUUUUGACCUCAGGUUCAGCCGAAGGGGAGCAAGGACUUUAUUAAGAUUUGAGGGUCUAUUUUUGGUCAAGACCCAUAUAUGAAUCCAAAUAUAAUUGAUUAUUAAUAUGAAAAUGACUAUUAAUGUAAAUAGUAAUUAUUCAAAUUAUGGAUAUGUCUAAGAAUAUAAUUAUGGUUAUGAAUCUAUAUAUAUAUAUAUAUACACAUAUGAUUGCAGUUACAAUUAUGGUUAUAGAUAUGAUUGUCAUGAUUAUGAAUAUGAGUGUGAAUAUGGAUAUACUAAAUGUGAAUGGACUGGCGUUGUGAGAGUUAUUAGGUGAGUCAGUGAUCCGCACAAGUUAAUGAACUUGUGGAUUAUGAACACCCCAGCAAUAGACAUACCAUCCAAUUGAAUAUUAAAUUUGAUAAAUAUUAUUAUUAUUAUUAUCAUCAUCAUCAUUAUUAUUAUUAUUAUUAUUACAAUGUUACUAUAGUCAAUGUUGUCUUAUUGUUACAUUAUUUUUCUCAAAUGUUCUGACCUGAAGUUAGACUUUAAGCUAAUUGGCAUCUAAAAAUGAAUAGAAGACGACAUUUUUUUUCCAACCAUUGGAUGGGUAGAUGGCUAAAGUAAACCUGAGUUUAAGCAAAGAAAAUUGUGUAACUUCUUGUUUGGCUGAACUGUAAUUAAUGUCACACGUAAUAUUUUUGCUGCGGUACUAUUGUAAAAUAAAAAAAUGCAGUCCUCUUGUAAAUUAAUAUAUUGCCAAAUUAUUGUUCCUAUAUGUCAAAUAAAUUCUUACAUAAAAAUGGUACCAAAUAAAAAAA